AUGAAAAUAUCAAACUAAAUUAUUGGAACUGGCUCAACUAGCACAGUUUAUGUUGCCGAGAUAGAAAAUCUAAAUUACGCCAUUAAAAUAUACAAAAAUAAUUAUUCACUUAAGAUGAUUAAUAAAGAGAUUGCUUUACUUAAAUAAGUGAAUCACCCCAAUAUUAUUAAGAUUAUAGACAGCAAUGUCGAAAAGAAAUUUAUAAUAACAGAGCUUUUAAAUGAUAUGGAUCUAUUUGACAUUAUUGCAAAGGACUAAAAACCUUUAAACUUAAACUCAAUGAAGCAUUUCAGUUAGAAACUUGCUAGUGUUGUUUAAUAUUUACACUCUAUCAGUGUCGCCCAUAGAGACAUCAAGUUGGAAAAUAUAUUAAUUGACGAAGACUUCAAUUUAAAACUAUGUGACUUUGGAUUCGCAGAAAUUAUGGAUACUAAUUUCGUUUAAAAAUGUUAAGGUACUUUGGAGUAUUUAGCACCUGAAAUUAAAGAAAUUGGCCUUAUAAAUGCUAAGGAAUUAGCCAAAACAGAUGUGUUUUCAUUAGGAGUAUGUAUCUUCAUUUUGGCUUUCGCACAUCCACCAUAUAAAGUGAAUGUGAAAUCAUGUCCUUACUGGAAUUUACUUUAAUCAGGCUAAUGGUAGACUUAUUGGUAAAUUAUGGAUAGAAGGAAUAAAUAUGACCAAAGCUUUUAUUCCCUAAUGUAGGGGAUGUUAGAGUUCAACCCUUAGAAUAGAUUCACAAUUGAGGAAGUAUUACAUCAUCCAUUUUUAAUUGGGGAUUGGUAACAAGAAUUUGAAACAGAUAUUAGAGUGAGAUUAAAAAGUAAAUGA